AGCACAAAAGCAAAUGAUGGGGCGAACGAGGCAGGCCCGUCUUCUUCGCGGAAGCGUAAAAGGUGGGAUGAUGAUUCGGGGUCCGAAGAUGAUGAUUCGGGGGGCCCCGGGGAAUCUCCAGAUCCAGUGGAAAUCGUUUACGAAGGGGAUGCACAAGGGUACAACUGGGAGGGGAAUUAGGUUGGCCGCCAACUUCGCCUGCCUUUCUAUCUGAGUUCUUCCCUCUUGAUGCUUUCGAACGACUCCUAAAUUUCACAAAAUCCUUUUUUUCUUAUUUGAAAUCCAAAUCGAAAUGCCUCAACUUGAUAAAUUAACUUAUUUCUCACAAUUCUUCUGGUUAUGUCUUCUCCUCUUUACUUUUUAUAUUCUCUUAUUUAAUAAUAAUAAUGGAAUACUUGGAAUUAGUAGAAUUCUCAAACUACGGAACCAACUGCUUUCGCACCGGGGGGGCGAGAUCCGGAGCAAGGACCCUAAGAAUCUGGAAGAUAUCUCGAGAAAAGGUUUUAGCACCGGUCUCUCAUAUAUGUACUCCAGUUUAUCCGAAGUAUCCCAAUGGUGUAAGACCGUCGACUAUUUGGGAAAAAGGAGGAAAAUCACUCUGAUCUCUGAUUUCGGAGAAAUAAGUGGCUCACGAGGAAUGGAGAGACAGAUUCUCUAUUUGAUCUCGAAGUCCUCAUAUAACACUUCUUCCAGUCGGAUCACUUGUUGGAAAAACAUAAUGCUCACACAUGUUCCACACGGGCAAGGAAGCAUAAUAUCAUGAAAGCCGUCUGAUAAUCUUUCUAUAGGUUCCCCAAA